UAAAGCAACAAGUGUAGUUGGAACCCAACUUUGCAGUUCCACCUGCACCCUCUUCAUUUUCUUCUAUCUCCACAACCACAUCCUCUCUUUACUUUACUUUCUUCAUUUCAUUCAAUUCAAUUUUCUCUUCAACAAUACCUCUCUGUACAGUAAUUUAAUUCAUCUCAAAUCUCACAGAUUUUAAUUUUGAUAUAUAUAAAUUUAGAAAAGAAAUUCGAAGAAGAUGAACGGUAGAGAUUCUGUUGUUUGCCCUAAGCCCCGCCGUGUCGGACUCUUCAACUUUGCCGUUAACGACCAACCGAGCAGAGCUUUCCGGUGGCAUCUCAGCUGCCAAGUUGAACCGUGUGAUUCGAACUCAUCUGGGUCAAAUCCCUUGGAUACCAUUCUCACCAAGGAUGUUAAUUGUGAUAUGGAGCAAUUAUCGUCGCCGCCCCCAUUUUUCUGUGGGUCGCCGCCGAGUAGAGUAUCUAACCCUCUAAUUCAAGAUGCUAGAUUUGGGGAUGAGAAUUUUUCUCCUCUUUCGCCGUCUUCUUGGGUGGUGAUCCCCACCCAAUCCGGUCUGCCGCCGUCUCCCUCGUCCUCUGGAAGGAAGGGAGGAUGUGUUCGGGCCAAUUUUGGAAACAAUCCGGCAGUGAGAGUUGAAGGAUUCGAUUGCCUGGACAGGGACAGGCGAAAUUGCAGCAUCCCUGCACUGGCUUAGAACAACAAACAGCAGUACACACAUAUUUUGACACUAGAAUUUCAGUUUACUACAGAAAUAUAACAACCACCACACACAAGAGCCACCGGAAAUGAAUUUUGGAUGUCCGAGUCUGAAGAGGAAAAGAGUUAAAAUUUUAUCUUGUGACUUGUUUGUAGAUAUGUUGAGUUAAUCAAGUCAGUGUCAGUGUAUCAUGUAAAUGUCAAUAGUGUCUCUUGUUUAGGAAUACAGUAUAUAAUCCAACUAAAUAAUGAGGUUAAGGUUGCUUAUUGAGGAUCAAUUUGGAUGUUAGAUACCCUUUUCUUGUACCAAGUGUCUUCAAAAUCAUUCUCUUGUUUGUAUGUAAAAAGAGUCAUUAGAGGAUGAGUCUUUGAAUUUCUUUUAUGGGUCUUUGAAUUGUAAUUGUAACUACCGGCUUAAGAAGGAAAAUAUGUACAAAAAUGGAUUUAGAAAUGUGAUCAGCAUGAGAAGAAAAGUCUUUCGUGUGUAAAAA